AGCAGGCUUCUUUCUCCCGUCAACAGAUUUUGCCGUUUCCUCCAAAGCUUUGCACUAUGCUCAACGCCUCCCUGCGUGCCGUCCGACCAGUUGCCCUUCGCGUUACGCGGUCUGCGCAACUCAGCGCCGUCCGCGCUCUCUCCACUACCUCCGCUGUGCGGUCGGACCACCCCCCUCCUCCAGCUAUCUUUGGCCCAGGUGCGAAGCCGGGUGAGCUCGCUACAGACGAGCAACAAGCUACCGGCCUUGAACGUCUCCAGCUCUUGGCUGAAAUGCAGGGUGUGGAUGCUUUCGACAAGGCACCCCUCGACUCGAGCCGCGUAGGUACAUUGGAAGAUCCCAUCAAGGUCUUCUCCCUGGAUACCGAGCGCCUCGUCGGCUGCACCGGCUCUCCGGCUGACUCUCACGAUAUUCAUUGGUUCCAGCUCCGCAAGGACAAGAACCGUCGUUGCCCCGAAUGUGGUUCUGUGUACGCCCUCGACCACCAAGGUCACUCGGACGUACACCACCAUUAA